AUGAACAAGGAAAAAAGAGAGAAGAAGCAAAAGAAGAAGAAGACUGAAGAUAGCGGUAUAGGUGAUCUAAUAAUCAAAGACAAUAUGACUAGUGACUUCAGUCAUCUAUCAACUUUCAAUAUGGAGUCGUUGCUUAAAGAAACAGCUAAGGUACUGGGUCAAUGUACGAAAGAAAACAAAAAUAAUAGAGAGCCAACAACUUCUAUCGAGGAUCACGAUCAAAAGAGUAGUAAUGUUAAUCAAUUGUCUGACGUAGCUCAAAGGCUUAUAAAUUUAUGUGAAUCGAUUUGA